CAAUCUCAAAUCCCUAGCCACAACAUCUCGUUGAACUCAGAUUGAAGCAACAACGAAAACCAAAGCGAAAUUCACCACUCCUCAAUCAAAUUCGUCGCUUCGGAAUCUUGUUCUGCAACUCCUCCUUCAGAAUGCUGAGGGAUUUCAAGCUCCCACGCCGAAACCCUGGCAAACACGAAGAACCGGAGAAUGUAAAUCCCUGCGAUUCAUCCACCACAGUUCCGAGGCACGCGGAAGGUUCUAGACCUCCGUUGAACACUAUUCAAUUUCAAGAACUCGAUGCGCAUUGCGAAAGCAAGGUUGAGAGGACUCCUUCGAAGGCCAAUAACAAAGGUCGCGGAGGAGGAGCUGAGCUUCGCACGCCGGAUAAGCACGGAGGAGGGAGCAUGCUGUGGAAAAACCGGUUCGGCUGGAACCACAAGAACGACGCCGUUUCGUCCUUUGGCGACGAUAGGCGAGGAUCCGGCGUCGGAAAUGUCACUCCUCGCGUGCCUCGCACCACGGGGAGAGCUUCUUCGAGUGCCGCGGCUUACUCUGAGAGCAAUUCCACGCAGAGCACUCCGACUAAGAGUGUGACUAAGCCGCCGCCGAGCUCUGUUCGGAGCAAGGCCGAUGGAGGCUUCAGUGCUCGUUUGGGGAACUAUGCUGCAUUGUAUAAAGGGGUUCCCAGUUCGGCUUGCGCGCCGCCCACGGUUGUUAACACGGUCGAAGUGCCUCACUUUGAUCUCAAGGAAGAUUCUUCGUUUUGGAUUAACCACAAUGUACAGGUUAUUAUUCGUGUUCGUCCUCUCAAUAACAUGGAGCGAUGUUCACAAGGGUAUAACAGAUGCUUGAAACAAGAAAGCUCUCAGUGCAUUACUUGGAUUGGACAGCCGGAAAACCGGUUUACCUUUGAUCAUGUUGCAUGUGAAACCAUAGACCAGGAAAUGAUUUUCAGAUUGGCUGGUCUUCCAAUGGUAGAGAACUGUCUAUCAGGAUAUAAUAGUUGUAUGUUUGCGUAUGGACAGACGGGAAGUGGGAAAACAUAUACGAUGCUCGGUGACAUUGAAGAUUUAGAUGUGAAGCCAAGUACCCAGCGUGGAAUGACACCACGUAUAUUUGAGUUUUUGUUUGCCAGGAUACAAGCUGAAGAGGAAAGCCGAAGAGAUGAGAACUUAAAAUACAACUGCAAGUGUUCCUUUUUGGAGAUUUACAAUGAACAAAUUACAGAUUUACUUGAUCCCUGCUCUACUAAUUUGCUACUGCGUGAGGAUGUCAAGAAAGGUGUUUAUGUUGAAAAUUUAUCCGAGUUUGAGGUUCAAAGUGUGAGUGACAUUAUAAGGCUUCUAACUCAGGGUUCCGCAAAUAGAAAAGUUGCAGCAACAAACAUGAAUAGAGAGAGCAGUAGGUCCCACAGUGUUUUUACAUGUGUAAUUGAGAGCACAUGGGAAAAGGAUUCUACAACCAAUUAUCGUUUUGCCAGGUUAAACCUGGUUGAUCUAGCUGGCUCAGAAAGACAGAAGACUUCUGGUGCUGAGGGGGAGCGUUUAAAAGAAGCAGCUAACAUCAAUAAAUCGCUAUCUACCUUGGGACAUGUUAUUAUGAUACUAGUGGACGUGGCAAAUGGGAAGCAGAGGCAUGUCCCUUACAGAGAUUCUAGACUAACGUUUCUUCUUCAGGACUCUCUUGGUGGAAACUCGAAAACAAUGAUCAUUGCCAAUGUGAGCCCUUCUAUCUGCUGUGCUGCUGAAACAUUGAAUACACUUAAAUUUGCUCAGAGAGCAAAGCUUAUUCAAAAUAAUGCUGUGGUGAACGAAGAUUCUACUGGGGAUGUAGUUGCUUUACAACAUCAAAUUCGGCUUUUGAAGGAAGAGCUUUCUACCCUCAAACGACGUCAGAAUGUCUCCAGAUCCUUGUCAUUUUCUUUGACAUCUGUCAAAGAUAUAAAGAAAUCACUAGAACUUGAAGACUUUUGUCUAGAAAAUGCACCCGACAUGGUUGACCAAAAUGAAGAUAUUAUGCCUGAUUAUGAAUCCAAUAGCAUCAGAAUGUCCCACAAACAGUUAAAAUCACUGGAGACAACUCUUGCUGGUGCUUUGAGAAGGGAACAGAUGGCAGAAAUUUCUAUUAAGCAACUAGAAGCUGAAAUUGAACAAUUAAACCGUUUGGUUCGUCAAAGAGAGGAGGAUACUAGGAGUUGUAAAAUGAUGCUUAGGUUUCGUGAAGACAAAAUUCGUAGAUUGGAAUCCCGUCUUUCUGGUUCAGUUCCUACAGAAACAUUUUUGCAGGAAGAGAAUAAAGCACUUUAUGAUGAGAUUCAGAUACUUCAGGGCAGACUUGAUCGAAAUCCUGAAGUUACUCGGUUUGCUGUGGAGAAUAUCAGGCUUCUAGACCAACUUAGAAGAUAUCAAGAGUUCUAUGAAGAAGGUGAGAGAGAGAUUCUUUUGACUGAAGUGUCUUCUUUGAGGGAACAGUUCUGCAGUUGCUUCAGUACCAUGGAAGAAACUCCAUACAGGGUAAUUCAAAUCAUGAUAUUGAACCUCAGGUCAGUCUUUAAUUACCUAAAGCAGAAAACUCAGUGCUGCAAGAAAGAAAAUAACUCUGUUGAUCUCGAGCUAAGAAACACCCUUGAUGAGUUACAGGAAUGCAGGCGUAAUUUAAAUUAUUGCCUAGAGGAGAAUGCAAAACUCAGUAGGGAAAUAGACUCUCUUCACUCAACACUAAGCAGCACAAAUGCUACAAAGGUUUCUACAGAAGGAUCAUUUUGUGAAGCUCAGGCAGUUCCGCAGAUCGGGCUGAAGCAUGAAACUCAAGUGUUAAAACACACAGAAGAUAUUUUAAAUUUGCAGCUGGAAUUAGAUAUAAUAAAGGUCAUUCUGAAGGAAGAGAGGACUUUCCGUGGCCUAUUGGAGGACCAAACAACAUGCUUAAAUCAGGAAUUUCUGAUGGCAAAAGACAAGCUUAAGCAAACAAGCAAGCAAUUAGAAGAUACAAAUGAUGAUUUGAAAGAGGCAAAGUAUGUUAUUGAAGCUUUAGAAUCACAGCAUAUAUUAUCUAUCAAAGAGAUAGAAGAGAUGAGGAACAAGAACAACCAUUAUCUGGAGCUUAUGGGGAAACAAGAACAUGAAAUCUUGACCUUGAAGAACCAACUUGCGUCUGAAGAGUUUAGAGAUAAUUUGCCUUCAAAUCAUGUGGAGUUUGAAAAUGAGUCUCCCUUACAGGUAAAACUCAGAAGGAUGCAUAAUUCUCUAGAAAAAGCCAAGCAACUGAACAUGUCCUACCAAAAUGAUCGUGCAUUCCAGAUGUCCAAUGAGGAAGAGAUGGAUGAAAUCCGUCGGCAGGCUGAGGCCGAAACUGCUGAGGUGAUUGUCUGUAUGCAAGAAGAACUUGCCCUGCUCCAGGAUCAAGUAAAUGAUGGUCAUUUAAAGGAAAUUGAAAUGAAAGAGAGUAUGUUGCAUCUGGAAACUGAAUUGAAGGAGGUGCAACAAAAAUUGCUUACUACUAUUGAUGAUAAUCGAUGUUUAAAGGAAGAGCUUGGCCAAAAAGAUAUAGAACUCAUAUCACUGGUUGAAGAAUGGGAAUUAUUGACCACUGAGAUUCAAGAGAUUCUUGUUGAUGGAUGUGAGGCACUUGUUGAUGCAUCUAAUGAACUUGGUCAUAUAAGCAAUUCAUUUCCACAGAAAAGGAUCUGGAUUUCUGAACAAGUUGGCAUGAUAGUUAGAAAAAUCUCUGAAAAGGAAUUGUUAAUUGAUGAACUCAGAAGAUGUUUGGAAGAUGCAAGCAAUAAAAGAAGUGACAUGGAGUGUAUGCUGAAGUCCUUAAGAAGUGCAGCAUUAGUGAUUACUGAAUCCCACCAGAAAGAGUGCGCUGAAAAAGAAAAAGAAAUUCUACUAUUGAUCUCACAGCUGAGCGAAAAAACAUCUACUGUGAAACAACUGAAGGAGCAGUUGAUAAUGGCAGAAGAUCGUAUUAGAGAAGCAUCAAAUUGUGCAACAGUGGCUUUUGUAGUUGUGAAUAGAUUGUCAGAAGUGAAUAUUGGGUACCUUGAUGAUCUAAAGCAUAAGGGUAUUCUGCUUAGUGAACUAGUAGAGACUAAUAACAGGAUGGAUGCCCUUCUCAUUGACCAAUCCACUUCACUUAGUCAAGCAGAGAGACAGAUAGCAGAGUUGCUGGAAAGGUGUAAUGAAUUAUCGCAGAAGUUGUCUGAGGAGCAAGAGCAUUCUUUUGCUUUAGAACAAAAGCUUGAAGAUUUUGAAAAGAAUGCCAUUUCAAAGACAAGGGAGCAGCUAGCAACAUUACAAGAUGGUGUCUCUUCAAUCAGGUCAUGCAUGACCUCUUUUGCAGACCAUUCAGAAAGUCUGAAUAAUAGAAAUUCAAUGGAUGCAUGCACAUCAGACUAUGAUGGUAUUUGUGGUAAACCAAGGACAAUUUCUGAAACACAUCAAAACCGUGAUUCAGAUCCCAUUUCUAUUGAAGAACCUCUAGUUGAUCUGGCUGAUUUGGUCAAAAAUGAAUAUGAUAAGAAAGAAAAGGAAUCAAGAAGAGUAUGCAAGGAUGUGCAUGAAAAAGAUGUUACGAUUACACUUUUGAGAAAAGAAAUAGAAUGUGCUCUUGAAAGCUUAAAAGAAGUGCAAUAUGAAAUGGCCAAAUUACAUGAAGAGAAAAAGGAAAUGUCAUUGUGUGAAAAGAAGAGUCAGCAAAGCAUAGGAUGCCUCACAAAUCAGAUACUUUUCCUGCAAGAAGCUAUGAACCAGUUUGAAGAGCAGUCCAAACUGAAGAUUGAAGCACUCAGUCACAAACUUAGAGGCCUGGAGAAACCUCUGAAAGAAGUUGGCUCCCAUUGGUAUCAGAAGAAAGAGUCACUUGAACUUGAAGUGGGAGAGGCAAAGAUAGUUCAAGCUCAGACAGCUCAAGAGACAUCUUGUAUUCUUGCUAAAUUUGGAGAAGCACAAGAUACGAUGAGAGAAGCAGACAUUAUGAUCAAUGGAUUGGUGAUAGCUAAUGAGUCAAUGAAGAUUGAUAUAGAAAGACUGAAAGACAGAGAAAAGACAUUGCUCAGUGAGAAGACCAUACUAAUCAGCAAUGUUGAAAGCUUACAAACUGUUGUUGAUUUGAAGAAUAAAGAGAUAGAGGACCUUGUUGAAUCAAGUUUAGUAGAAACAAGGGAUUUAAUUGUUAAGUUGGAUGAUGUCAUUAAAGAAGUCCAAUUGGUGAUGACAGAAAAUUUCUGGUCUUUAGCUUGUGAUUUAGAGUGCUUCAAGUCUCAAUUUUUAUAUUCCACUAAGUUGAUACAGCCAUGGCUUGAGAAGAUAUGGUCUGAGAUAAUUUUUAAAGAUUGUGCAAUGUCUGUGCUGCAUCUCUGUCACAUGGGUAUUUUACUGGAAACAGUAACAGGGAUGCAUGCCGAAAAUGGCUUGCUUUCACAUGGCUUGUGUGAAUCAAACUCUGUCAUCAGUGAUUUGAAGGAACAUAAUUAUAGGACAAAGCAAGAGCUUGAUAUGUGCAGAAUCUUGAAAGGGAAACUGCUGGCUGACAUCAAGAACAGUUUUGAUCGCAUUACUAAGAAAGAAUUUGAAGCUGGAGAGAUCACCAUCAAGCUAAACACUUUUGCUAAAAACAUAUCAGACCUACAGCUUCAGGAGGAGAUGAUGUUGCAAAGGUCGAAUGAAAUGGGAUCCCAACUUGCUAAGCUGAUGAGGGAAUUGGAUGUGAGUAAUACAGAUAUUGUGACAUCCCUUUUAGAUCAAGAGAAACUACUAAAACAGAAAGUAGAUGCCAUUGAAUCUCAAGCUGAAUUUUUAAUGGCAGAUUGGUAUGCCAAAGACUUUGAGUCACUUAUCCAUGCUUCUGAACUAAAAAAUAUGUCAUGUAAUAUAGCUAGUAUGGAGGAACAUUUUGUCAAGUACUCUAUAUUAAUUGAGCAACUGAAGACAGAAACAAUCUUUUCUAAAGUAGAAACCGAGUUAGCAGAACAAAUUUUGAUGGAUAAGGAAGCUGAAGUUUCCCUUUUAGAAAGAGAAAUUCAGCAGACAAAAGUGGAAAGGCAGGACCUAAUGACAGAAUUGAACCGGAAGGUCUCAAGGAUUACCGAGAUGGGUGAAGUAAACAAGGUCCUAGAACAAAAUAUUGAGUUUCUAAAGGAUGUUUCUUGUUCAAAUAAUGCAUUGAAGGGUGAACUUGUUGAAGUUAAGGAGGCAAAGAAAAGACUGCUGGAUAAGAUUCUUGAUCUAGAAGCUGAUUAUGAUAAAUUGAUUGGUGAUGUCAUAGAGAAGGAUGUGGCUUCUGAAUUUUCUUUCCAUCAGAUUUCUUUUCUUGAGCAACAAAAUGUGGAGUUCAAGAAAGUAAAUUAUAUUUUGGAAAAUUCAUCUUGCAGACUUAAGAAUGAGCUGAACCUAAAGGAUUCUGAGUUAACUAGAAUGCAGAGCUUACUGCAGGUUGAGUUAUCCAGAAAGGAUGAUGUAAUAAAAGGACUGUUGUAUGAUCUGAGCUUACUGCAAGAAUCUGCAUCUAACAAUAAAGACCAAAAGGAUGAAAUUGAAAAAAUUGUAGCUACAAUGGAAGCAUUAGAAGUGGAGCUUGCUGGUAAAUCAGAUGAACUUGCUGACGUUGUUGCAAACUGUCAAUUGCUUGAAGCUCAGUUGCAGCGCAAAUCAGACAUAAUUACAGCUCUUGAGUUGGAUCUCUCAAAAGAACGUGAGGCUCUAAAGCUGCAAGUCAGUGAAAAUCAAGAACUUCGAACAAAUAUUGAAGAUGCCUUGGCAGCAAGAAUACUGGCUGACAAUGAGCUGACAGAAAGAAUGAAGAUAACAGAGAGCCUGGAAGAUGAAAUCCUUGAAAUGAACAGUGUUACUAACCAAAUGAAUGAUUCAAUUAAAAACCUGAGUAGUGAUCUGGAUGAACUCACUAUCGAGAGGGAUCAACUUCAGGCUCAAGUAAUUUGCCUCAAAAACAGGCUUGAAAAAGCUGAAGCACAAGUUGAAGCUAACGAAGCAAUUGCUCAAGAAGCUCAGAAGGUGGCAGAAACAAGAAAAAUUUAUGCUGAAGAUAGAGAAGAAGAGGUGAAACUUCUAGAGAGAUCUGUUGAAGAGCUGGAAAAUACUAUAAAUGUACUAGAAAACAAAGUUGACAUCAUUAAAGGAGAAGCAGAACGACAGCGGCUGCAAAGAGAAGAUCUAGAGUUGGAGCUACAUGCAUUAAAAGAUCAGAUGCAAAAUGUCAGAAAUGCUGAUGGUGACAUAAGAAGAUUUUUGGAAGAAAAAGAGAAAAGCCUCAACGAUGCCCUAAAUCACAUACAAGUUCUUAAGAGGGAGUUGACCGGAAAGGAUACGGAGAUUCAACAAAUGAAAGCUCAUAUUUCAGAGCUGAAUUUGCAUGCUGAAGCACAGGCCAAGGAGUACAAGCAAAAAUUCAAAGCAUUGGAAGCCAUGGCUGAACAAGUCAAACCUGAGGGGCUUUCUACCCAUUCCAUCGGUGCUUUGUCAAACAAGUCCGAGAAGAAUGCCACCAAAUCUCGAGGUUCUGGUUCUCCUUUCAAAUGCAUUGGGUUGGGCUUGACACAACAGAUAAAGUAUGAGAAGGUUGAAGAGCUGGCUGCUGCAAGACAGCGCAUUGAAGAACUAGAAUCCCAGGCAGCAUGUCGACAGAGAGAGAUAUUUGCACUGAAUGCCAAAUUAGCAAAUGCCGAGAGCAUGACCCAUGAUGUCAUUCGAGACUUACUUGGAGUAAAGUUGGAUAUGACCACUUGUGUGUCACUAUUGGAUGAUGGUCAGCAAGCGGGGGAGAUAACAGAGAAAGUUCAAUUUCUUACUCUAGAGCCUCAAGACAAGGAAGUUAUUAAACUAAAGCAGCAGCUGAAUGAAUUCAUUGAAGAGAGGAAGGGAUGGCUGCAAGAAAUGGACAGGAAACAAGCGGAAUUGGUAGCUGUACAAAUUGCAUUGGAAAACCUUCGGCAGCGAGACCAGUUUCUAAAUACUGAAAAUGAAAUGCUGAAGACGGAAAAUUCAAGUAAGAAGAAUAAAAUAAUGGAACUGGAGGAAGAAAUGAAAAAGUUGUCUGGUCAGCAAAAUCUUCAGCAGCGUAUUCAUCAUCAUGCUAAAAUUAAGGAGGAAAACAACAAGUUAAAGAUACAGAACGAAGAACUCAGUGCAAAGCUGCGGAGAGCAGAUAUCUUCGUUUCGCGCGUCAAAGAAGACCUUGCUCGUCUUCGUGCUUCUGCCGGGGUGAAAACACGCAUUGAUAUUGAUGAGGAACAACGACUCAUGAUAAAACUGAAGGAAAUCGAGGAAGAAAAAGUACAAUUAGCGCAGCAAUUACUGAGAUUGUCCACUAAUGUUCUAAAGGUUGCUGGAAUAGAAAGACCAACAUCGGAUGUAAAUCCCUCUAUGGCCGAGGAAGCCCUAAAGGAGCUCAAGAAUAGGAUAACUUCAAUGGAAAUGGAACAAGAAGAUUUGAAAUUUAAGAAUAAAAUUAUUAACGAAAAGAUUCGGUUAUCUGAGCUCAUGCCGCAAGCUUCUCCUUUGAACUCGAGAUCUGAGGAGAAUCGUUUAACUCCACCAAGGUCAUCCUUAGCUCCAUUCCUCUCCAGUUUUGAUCGAUAGUGAAGCGUGUUAGUUUUUUUAUGUGUUUAGCCAUUCAUGUUAUAUUCUUUAAUUAUCUUGUAAAUAACAUGUAUGUAGUCUACGUUGUAAAUAAUCUCUUUGCACAAUUUUCAGAGGGCCAUUAAAAAUGAAAUUAUUCUUGAGAUAUUAAGUUUGACUAAUUGAUGAAGUAUUAAGUAACUUUUAAAUUUGAUGA